CUCUGUGUCUGGCUGAAUAGAAGGAAGUGGCUCUGACUUCCCCAGGAAAUGGGAAGAGGAAACCCGGGGGCUUCGACCUCUUUGGCUGCAGUGGAGCCACAAGAAGACUCACUGGAGAGAAAGAAGAAGGAUAACCAGUUGGGAGGAGAGAACAAAGUCGGGAACAGACUGGACACAAACGUGAAAGAUAUUUGGUUGCUGGGUUUUGGUUUUGGACUGUGGACAUGAAGUUUCUCCUCAGAGCUCUCAGUGCUCUGCUCUGCUGCUCGCUGUCCUCCUCCCAAACACUGGAUCCUACUGGGAGGAACGUCUGCCACAAUAUCAGGCUCCCUUCAACCUUGGUCUGUUGCACUGGGUGGCGUCAAGAGGGAAAAGAGUGCACCAUACCCGUGUGUGAGGGAGAGCAGGCCUGCCUGAAGGAUGAGAUCUGUGUGUAUCCUGGAGUGUGUCGCUGCCCACCUGGUUACUACGGAGCUCACUGUAAAACACGCUGUCCUCUUGAGUUCUGGGCUCCAGACUGUCGCCAGGUGUGUCCGUGUUACCCACACGGCCAGUGUCACCCCGUCACUGGUGAAUGCACUUGCAACCCCAACCGCUGGGGUCCACUGUGUCAGUACGCCUGCAAGUGCGCCCGGCACGGCCACUGCCACCCCGUCCACGGAAACUGCAGCUGCAACGAGGGCUGGUGGACGCCAACCUGCUCCAAGCCGUGCCAGUGCGUCAGCGGGGGCUCUGCGGGCCCCGGCUGCGACCAGCUAACGGGCCGGUGUCAGUGUCACAGGGGUCACUGGGGGCUCAAAUGUCCUGCCACUUGCAACUGCUACCUGUCGCCAUGUUACCAACGUACCGGUGUGUGUGAGUGCGAGACAAGCUGGUGGGGACCCAGCUGUGACCGGCGAUGUAACUGUGACCUCACACACAGCAGCUGUGACCCGGCCAAGGGGCAGUGCCUGUGCCACCCGGGGUACCAGGGUAUCUUCUGCAACCAGCCCUGUGAGGCUGGGAAGUACGGGAGUGGAUGUCAAAUGAGCUGUGGUUUCUGUAAAGACAAGCAGCUCUGCUCUGACACCGAUGGCUCCUGUGAUGCCUGUGAAUCCGGCUGGAAUGGCACACAAUGCGACCGCCCGUGCCCGUCUGGUUCUUAUGGAGACGGCUGCCAGGAGAAGUGUCCACGCUGCAGGAAUAAUGAGCCCUGUGACCCCAAAACUGGGAAAUGCUGGAGGUGUGACCCUGGAUGGACUGGACCCAGGUGUGAGGAGGCCUGCUCGAACAGGACGUUUGGAGAUGCUUGCAGCUCCCUGUGUAGCCCUUGUUUCCAUGGUGACUGCAAUCAUGUGACAGGAAGAUGUGUCUGUCAGCCGGGCUUUCAGGGAGAGAGUUGUAACAGCAGCUGCCCCGCCUUGCAGUUUGGCCUCAACUGUUCCUCAGCCUGUGACUGUAGUGAAGGGGACAGCUGCGACCCAGUCACUGGUGUCUGUCCCAACAGUGGCAGAGCUGCUGUACUAGCAGGUGUGCUUGUUCCUCUGCUCCUGUUGCUCCUUGCUGUGCUCUGCUGCUGUUUGUGUUGUGGAGGAGGUCCUGUUGAUGGCAAAGACAGUGCGACUGUGGCUGAUGGAGGCUGGUCAGUGCGGAUGAAAUAUCACGUUUACAGCGUCCUGGCUAACAUCGGUGCUGCCAUCCCCUGUAUUUCUGAUUGGUCCUCUGGCCUCCCUCGUGUCACUGUGUCUCACCAUGACCCAGAGCUGACGUUCAACCACAGUUUCAUUGAGCCUCCUUCCUGUGGCUGGGUGACUGAGGGGUCAUCCUUCGACAGUGAUGAGGAGGAGGAAGAGGCGCUCUACUGUAUCCCGCCAAGAGAAGACAUCCCGGCGGUGGCGGGUGGCGAAUUCCACGAGAUGAGCUCGAAGUGUAACAUGUUCUUAGACCCAUGCGGCUUCAGCAGUGAGGACAUCACCUCGCCCUUCAACAUCCCUCGCACCUCCAGCAUCGCCAAGUCCAAGCGGCCGUCUGUCUCUUUUGCAGAGGGCACCCGUUUCAGCCCCAAAGAGAGGCGUGGCUCGGUUCAGGACCCCGGCGCUCUCCCUGGACACCCACGCAACAAACCCAAGUCACCUUGGGGGGUUUUGAUGCUGUCUGCCCUCCAAAGUCAGGAGAGUGCAGCUAGAACUGGGGAGGAAGAUGGAGCUGAGAGCGAGGAGGGGGAAGAUGAAGUCGAUGUGCAGGUGACAGGCAAUCAGGAUUCCAGCUGUGAGCCGGGGGACCAGGAAGUAGACAGAACCCCUUCCAGGGCCACCCUGCAUGUCCCUGGGGCAUCAGGACGAAGGCGAGCUAUGUCCAACACAGCUGCUCAUAAAGGUACGCAGCUGCCGACAUCUGAUGCUCAGAUGGGGGUCUUAAAUAAGGUCACCACAGUGUAUGUGACGGUGGGUAAGGCAGGUAGGCCCGUUUCAAAGACGGAGACGAGCUCUGAAGGGCCAGUUCAAGCCAUGCUGCGGCGAAUCGGAAGCCUCCAGAGACAGAGGGAGCAGGAGUCUGGCAAGGCCAAGCCUAAAGGAGCUGAAGGGAUUACCAAACCACCAAGGAGGAAGCUCGGAGCUCGGGCGAGUGUGUGGGAGGAGGGAGGCCCACCUGGAGGGGAGGUGGGCAUAUGUAAGCCAAUCAGGAGAAAGCAUGCUGCUCUCAACUCCGCUGACACAGCUGGUGCUAAUGACACUCCAUUAUCAGAGAGCGGCACUCCAAAAAGGCCUUUGUCAUUUGUUUUGAAGAGCGUGCCAGAGGUGGUUUCAUCUGUCCCAGGGUCAGAUCUGAGGAAUGAGAGUGGUGACCCUAGUGCAGGAAAAACUGAGGGCACCUACCUGACUGUGGGACCAGCAGGAGACACUGUGAGUCUCACUGAGGUCAUCACCAAUAAAGGUGCAGUGGUCGGUGUGGAUGAUGAACCCUGCUAUGAAAAUGUCAUGAUUACACACUCAUAACUUCUCAGAAACAGCACGUCAGCAGGUCUGAGUCAAACGCAACUGCAUAUUUAUUACUCUGCAGUUAUAAAGUUACAGGCACAAAGAAAACUAGGGGUUUAUUAUGGAGUUAUUUGUUACACAGCUUGCAUAUUGAUGCACAUUUAUUCAUUAUUUGUGAUUAAAAAAACCUUCACCUUUAGGUUAAAUUCUACAGGACAAAAAUUAAACACAUGACAUUUAUAUUUAAGAUCGAAAUAUAAAUAAAACCAAAGCAACAGAAUAUCAGGUGUGGUAAUUUGGUAACUUCUCCUAACAUUGCCACUGGUUGCAAUCAGUGUCUCUAAUUUGAUAUGAACACGAUUAUUAAGGACAAUUGUGUGAUAAGUGUUUUUUAUUUCUCCAUGUUGUAUUAACUGUAUACAAACAAGUACUGUGAUAUCUGGGCGAGUGUCUGCUUCUCGACUCAGAUAACAGAUAAAAAGACAUUACGACAUCUGAGUUGUGUCUUAACGCAUCAUGAACUAAGUUCUUUGAUUGCUGUUUUUAUUUAUCAUGGAUGCAAAUACAAGUAAGACAGACUGUAACAGGUUGUGAAUAUGCAAUAAAGAGUGACUCACUCAGUAACACAGUACAUUGUUUAAACAUCUAUAUAUUUAUAGUAGUAUUAUAUUUUGCUCUCUGCUACUUAAACUGGAAUCGUAAAGAAUGUUUCCAGGUUUACAAGCUACAGUCAAAGUCCUGUCUGUCACUGCUCUCUGACCUCUGCAGUCACACGAUGCUGCUGUUGAGUAACACCCUCGCAAUUGUAAUGUACGGAUUUUCUUUUUUUCAUUACUCAAGAUCUGUACAACCACGUGCCAAA